AUGGCCGACAUGGGCAUGGGCACAUCCAUUCAGUCGCCGCCGCCGGGCCAGGCAGUGGUGGGCGGGCAUGCUGAUUCCAAUGCGCAGCCGAACGGCGUGGACGAUCCAACCCAGGAUGGGGAGCAGCAGCAGGAAGCAGCAUCGCCGACGAAAAGAUACACGUAUCAAUACAGGACUCUGCAAGGGUAUUUCCUGCAGGACGACCCGUCCACGGACGCCGCGACCUUCGACUUCAUGGCCCCGGACGUGAACUUUGGUUUGAUUGACAGGGCGUACGAAUCUGAUGGAUCACUGCCGAAAAAGGGAAGGGAGAUGACGCAGUGGCAGCGCUUUGAACACCACGUUAGGUCUUUGAAUCAGAAUGCUGGAGAUGAUAACGGCGACGACGACGAAGCACAAGGAGAUGGAGCACACAGGAAGCAGCAACGGCAACGACAACGACAACGGGUAGGUCGUCACAGCUCACAUUCUGCCCCACGGACACGAUACCUCGUCUUCUUCCUCGGCCGGCACGGCAACGGCUACCACAACAUCGCGGAGCGUUACUACGGCAGUACAGCGUGGGACUGCCACUUCAGCGCGCUAGACGGCGACCCCGACGGGGUCAUGAUCUGGUCGGACGCGGCGCUGUCGAGGGAAGGCAAGCGACAAGCCCGACAAGUCAACACUUUCUGGAAGAAUCAGACGUCCGGGCAAGGGAACGGGGCGAAAAUGCGUCUUCCAGACCUAUACUUGGUGUCUCCGCUCGACCGCACGCUCGAGACCGCGCAGCUUAGUUUCGACGGCGUGGGAUCGACUGCGGCGCAGCAGGGAGAAGCAUCAUUUCGGCCUGUGGUGAUGGAGAAGGCGCGCGAAGGCGCGGGCAUCCAUACGUGCGACAGGCGCGGGAGCGUCAGUUCCAUCCGCGCGCGGUAUCCGAGCUACAACGUCGACGCGGACGCCCAUCUGACGGAGAGGGACGAAUUCUGGACGCCCGACCGCAGAGAGCCCAACUCGGCGCUGGACAAGCGAUUACGGGGCUUCUUUGACGAUCUCAUGUCCAAUGCCGAGAUUUUGGGUCCCGAGAAAGAGAGCGUCUCGGUGACGAGCCACUCUGGCGCCAUCGCCGCCAUGUUGCGCGUCUUGGGACAUCGAGAGUUCGGCCUAGGCACCGGGGCGGUCAUCCCGGUUCUCGUCAAGGUGCGGCGCAUUAGUCUGGAUGAUGACGAUAAUGACGACGAGGACCUGGGCAGAAGAAACGGUGGCUCGGGCGAAGGCGCCCAUCACAAGGAACCGACGCUGGAUCUUCCUGACUUGGCUGACAGUCAAGAGGAUCAACUCGACAAUGACGCGAGUCCUAGUGUCUCGCCCGUGGAUCCUGACGACAAAUCGAAGUGGGCAACUAUUCCCUCGUGUCCGGCCGACUUGGACCUUACGACCGUGGGGCAGAAGCGCUGGGGCAUGGGGUUGAAAGACUUUCUUGAUGGCGUCGAAGGCGGCACUCUCGAUGUAGAAGCCGUGCCGUUUCAUUGA